ACCACCUCUCAGGCACGUCACAGACACACAGAGCGCCAUUAGACUGAUGGCAGAUCUUCAACAGGAGUGAAUCAGUGUUUAACAGUGUGAACAGCGCGAAGACUUCAUGCGAAGCGCAGAUCGGUGGCUCUUUGUGUGCGUUACUGUCAUAUUUGGAUCUAUAUGGCUGCUGUGAUCGGCUAGUGGGGCUCGAAUCAGGCUUUGUUUUUGCGUCCGGGAGAGAGAGAGAGUUUGGGCAUGGCGGCGGCUGGAGGAAAGACGUACUCGUUCAAGGUGGUUCUUCUGGGGGAGGGUUGCGUCGGCAAAACAUCGCUGGUGCUGCGAUACUGCGAGAACAAAUUCAACGAUAAACACAUCACCACCCUUCAGGCAUCGUUCCUUACAAAGAAGCUCAACAUCACAGGAAAGAGAGUCAAUCUGGCUAUAUGGGAUACGGCUGGUCAGGAGCGUUUUCAUGCCCUUGGACCAAUCUACUACAGAGAUUCCAACGGCGCCAUAUUGGUGUAUGAUGUCACGGAUGAGGACUCGUUUCAAAAGGUGAAGAAUUGGGUAAAAGAAUUGAGGAAAAUGUUGGGGAAUGAGAUCUGUUUAUGUAUAGUAGGCAAUAAAAUUGACCUGGAUAAAGAGCGACAUGUUUCAGUGGAGGAAGCAGAGGGAUAUGCAGAGUCAGUGGGUGCAAAACACUAUCACACAUCCGCCAAAUUAAACAAAGGCAUUGAGGAGCUGUUUCUGGACCUGUGUAAACGGAUGAUGGAGACGGCUCAGGCGGAGGAGAGGUCAAGGGGGAACGGCGCGAGUCACACAAGCACAGCCCGGAGAGGCGUACAGAUCGUUGAUGACGAGCCGCAGACUGCCAUACCUGCCGGAGGCUGUUGUACAUCCGCCUAAACACACUUACACACUUUUACCAUACCUGGGACUGAUAACGGCCUCUCUGUGUAAGAACUGCCACUUCCCACAGCUACACUUAUCUGCGACCGCUCUACAGCUCUGUCAAGUCAUUGCUUUAACAGUCUAUUCCUAAUUGAAGCGGUUGAUUUAUAACUCCACCCUUUCUCUGGAGGACUUAAGGGGUGAAAAGAUGCCAGACUGACCUGUUCUGAUGAUUCACUUAGGCAAGUUAUUACAAAUAGUAGCAAACUAUAAUGCCCAAUCUUAUGAAACACAUGCACUGAUACAUUUUCCUAACAAUCUGAUGUUGGCUCUUUUUUUCUUUUCUUUUUUUGGCAAGGUGUUGUGCAUGUAGAAUCUUUAAAAUCCUUGUUAUAUUUUACGUCUAAGAAAAAAACAAGAAAGUCUUUAUUAUUUAAUAACUUAUUUACAAUUUCAUCAAACAUCUACAUGUCCAAAGACCUUUGUGCUUCUUGUCAUUCUUAUAAAGUCUCAUCCUCCUGUCUUUCAUAUCUUCUGUAUCUUUCUUAAAAAUGCAACAUUAAAGUCCAUUUAGAUCAUUUAAACUCCUUGUAGAUUUUGUCUUUUCUCUUCAACUUGCCUGUUUACUAAAUUUAAAAAUGUAUUGUUUGCUUGCUAAAUUCUUUAUAGAGAAAAUUAUCCAAUACUGUGUACUUUACUUUUUCAAGCUAUCAUAUGCAGUCAGAAAAGUGUACAGAUAUUCAAUAUUGUAUGAAUGUAAAAUGAAUAACGGCUGUGGUAACGUUUUUUUUUUAAUUUGUUUUUAAUUGUUGCUUUUACUAUGUUCAUUUUUUUUUUCAAGAUCUGAACAUUUGGAGAGUUUGUGGAACUAUUAAAAGUUUCCACAAUCACAUCACCUGUAAACACUGAGGUGCAGCUGUGAGCCUUCUGUGCCUUUAAAUAAAAGUGUCUAGAUUGAUCCACC